AUGCUCACAGCCUGGGCGCCUCUGCUCUUCUUAGCACUGUGGGUGAGGAGCUCCAUCUGCGGCCCGCUCUCCUUCAGACUAGCUGCCAUCCUAGAUGACCCGAUGGAGUGCAGUCGUGGUGAGCGUCUAGCGAUCACUCUGGCCAAGGAGCAGAUCAACAGGUCCAGCAACCGCUCUACCACUGGCAAGUUGGAGGUGGACAUCUUUGAGCUGCUGAGAGACAGCGAAUACGAGACGGGAGAGACUAUGUGCCAGAUCCUAUCCAAAGGGGUCGUGGCAGUACUGGGUCCCUCGGCCAGCCCUGCUUCCAACUCCAUCAUCAGCAAUAUCUGUGGAGAGAAAGAGGUGCCGUACGUGAAGGUGGCCCCCGAGGACAUCCUGAAGGUGCAGUUCCCGCGCUUCACCACGCUGGACCUGCGGCCCACCAACACGGACGUCAGCCUGGCCGUCGCCGGGAUCCUCACCUUCUUCAACAGCACCACCGCCUGCCUCAUCUGCGCACAGGCCGACUGUGAUCUAAUUUGUUUAAUUGAUCUUUUUCGGUAUGUUCAAGCUUUUUUAAUUGGGAGUAUAAGGUUGUUUGUUCAGGAGUUAGAUAUUGCUUUAGAUGAAGUCAUUGUUUGAACAGAGUUCAUUAAAUCUGAAAUUAAUGUAAUUAUAUGCUCUCUCUCUCUCACUCUUUCUCUCUCUUUCUUUCUCUCUCAGGCCUCAGAGCUGGGGAUGCUGUCUGUCUAUUACACAUACAUCUUCACAUCACUGGAGUUCUCCAUGCUGCGGCUGGACGACGUGGUGGACCAGCGGGUCAACAUCCUGGGCUUCUCCGUCUUCAACCACACACACACCUUCUUCCAGGACUUCCUGCUCAGUCUCAACCGCUCCUGGCAGGAGAACUGCGACCACGCGCCUUUCGCCGGAACCCCGCUCUCGUCAGCGCUGCUGUUUGACGCCGUACACGCUGUGGUGGCGGCGGUGCAGGAGCUGAACAGGAGCCAGAACGUGGGAGCGACGCAGCUCUCCUGCAAGUCCUCCAAGAUCUGGGAGCACGGGACCAGCCUCAUGAACUACCUGAGGAUGGUAGAACUGGAAGGUCUAACGGGCCACAUCGAGUUUAAUAGCAAAGGCCAGCGGUCCAACUACGCCCUCCGAAUCAUGCAGAAUGGCAAAGAUGGCCUAAGGCAGAUUGGACAGUGGCAUUCGGAGCAGGGGUUGUCCAUGGAGAGAAAGCUCCCGGCGCUGAAUGUGACCGACACGCUAUUCAACACUACACUUUCCAUCACCACCAUCCUCGAGAAUCCCUACGUGAUGCUGCGUCCGAACCACCAUGAGAUGGAAGGGAACGACCGGUACGAGGGCUUCUGCGUGGACAUGUUACGGGAGCUGGCCGACAUCCUCAAGUUCAAGUACCGCAUCCGGCUCGUGGGCGACGGCGUCUACGGCGUGUCGGGCGCCAACGGUACCUGGACGGGCAUGGUGGGCGAGCUCAUGACCCGGAAAGCAGACUUGGCUGUUGCUGGACUCACCAUCACUGCGGAGAGGGAGAAGGUCAUUGAUUUCUCCAAGCCCUUCAUGACCUUGGGGAUCAGCAUCAUGUACCGGGUGCACAUAGGACGGAGACCUGGUUAUUUCUCCUUCCUGGACCCUUUCUCCCCCGGUGUGUGGCUGUUCAUGCUGUUGGCCUACCUGGCUGUCAGCUGCAUUCUCUUCCUGGUGGCCAGACUAACUCCGUAUGAGUGGUACAAUCCCCACCCCUGCCUGAAGGGGCGCUGUAGUCUGCUGAUUAACCAGUACUCCCUGGGCAACAGCUUCUGGUUUCCUGUGGGGGGGUUCAUGCAGCAGGGCUCCACCAUCGCCCCCCGAGCCCUCUCCACCAGAUGUGUCAGCGGCGUAUGGUGGGCGUUCACCCUGAUCAUCAUCUCCUCGUACACGGCCAACCUGGCGGCCUUCCUCACCGUGCAGCGCAUGGAGGUGCCCAUCGAGUCCGUUGACGACCUCGCUGACCAGACCGCCAUCGAGUACGGCACCAUGCACGGAGGCUCCACCAUGACCUUCUUCCAGAACUCGCGCUACCAGACGUACCAGCGCAUGUGGAACUUCAUGCACUCCAAGCAGCCCAGCGUGUUUGUGAAGAGCACGGAGGAGGGCAUCGCCCGCGUGCUCAACUCCAACUACGCCUACCUGCUGGAGAGCACCAUGAACGAGUACUACCGCCAGCGCAACUGCAACCUCACGCAGAUCGGAGGCCUGCUCGACACCAAGGGCUACGGCAUCGGCAUGCCAUUGGGGUCGGUGUACCGGGACGAGUUUGACCUGGCCAUCCUGAAGCUGCAGGAGGAGAACCGUCUGGAGAUCCUCAAGCGGAAGUGGUGGGACGGAGGCAAGUGUCCAAAGGAGGAGGACCAUCGAGCCAAAGGGCUGGGCAUGGAGAACAUCGGCGGGAUCUUCGUGGUGCUGGUGUGUGGCUUGCUGGUGGCCAUCUUCAUGGCCGUGCUGGAGUUUGUGUGGAUGCUGCGCCGCAUGCCGGGCACUGAGCUGUCGGUGUGUGAGGAGAUGCUCCGUGAGCUCCAGGGCAUCGUCCUGUGCCGAGACAGCCUGCAGCAGCUCCGCCGCCGCCGCGGCUCCAGCAUGCUCCGGCCGCGCCCGCUGCCCAUGGACGAGCGACGGGCGCGCGCCGCCGCCGCCGCCGCCGCCGCCGCCAGCCUGAGCAACGGCAAGCUGUGCGCGGGCACGGGCCUGCCCGAGCCCCUCUCCCACAGACUGGCGCAGGAGGCCGCCCUGGUGGCCCGCGGCUGCAGCCACAUCCGCAUCUGCCCCGAGUGCCGGCGGUUCCAGGGGCUCCGCGUGCAGCGGCCCGGGCCCGGCGUCUCUCCGGCCCACAGCGAGGAGAGCUUAGAGUGGGAGAAGACCACCAACAGCAGCGAACCUGAAUAA